AUGAAAGUGAAUCUCAAAACGUUUGUUUUUGAUGAAAGCGAAAGCAGGCAGGCAGCUUGCUCGUCACCUCCAGCUAAGCACAAGGCACAAGCUGUUGGUGGCGGUGGGCUCCAGCACCCCACCUUCCUUGCUGUGACACAAGUGAUCCACCCACCACCUUCCUACCCCCGGUUCUGCAGACUUACCUGGAUCAAGACGACUACCCCCAAGAUCUCAGCAUCAUAUCCGCCGCUACUCCUCGAACGAACCCCACGUCUCGAAUCUACCAUGGCCGACGAACACAACCACCUCGCCGAGUCCGGCGUCACAAUGCACUCCGACAUCGAACUAUACUCUGCAGGCGAUGAUCUAUCGUCACCUCCCUCAUCAAACUCACCAGUCGUCCUCUACAAGCCUCCUACUGUGUGGUCUUUGAUGCGUGGAACUGCCAUCAACCUGUUGCUACCGUUCAUCAACGGUAUGAUGCUUGGUUUCGGAGAGCUAUUUGCUCAUGAGGCAGCCUUCAGGCUGGGUUGGGGCGGCACCAAGGUCUUCCCUCUUUCGCGAAGAAGAGCACACCCCAUCGGACCUGGUAUCGAGCUUCGAGAAAACUACUGCACUCCUCGCCCUUCGCUGGACGAUAUUGCAAGUUUGGAGUAA